AUGUACCGAAGGGAUCCUUUAUAUCAGUCGUUCCCAAAAGUUUCCAGGCUGGCGCCCCCUUGGCCUUCCCCUCAUACCCAUAGGCGUAGGAGCCAGGGGGCCAUUCAGGAGUUCAAAGCCAUAAUGUGGUAUGCUGUCCUUAGUCUAAUGGUAGGCUACGUGAAGCUAGUGCGUACGAAGGCAGUGCUGAGUGCUGGAGCUUCGUUCAAGGAAGGUAAGAUGUGGAUCAUGUCACUAAAUGACAUUCUGAAGAAGCCAGAUGUUUUAUUACGUCUCAAAAAACACCCGGAUACAUUUAAGUUUACAGAGCCGGUGUCGUUGGUAGUUACAGGGGGUCACUGGCCUCCACACCUGCUGAUAACGGAGGACGAGGGAAGAGAGAGCUUCACGAUGGAGGGGCCCAUGCUCAGCCUGCUGGAGACGCUGGCGGAGGCUAUGAACUUUUCUUACACGCUCAUCCGCCCCCCGGACGGGUACUGGGGCGCCCCCCUCGACAACGGCUCCUGGACAGGCAUGGUGGGACAAAUAUACAGGAAGGAGGCCGACCUGGCUCUGGGCCCCUUCGCCAUGACGGAGGCGCGCGCCGAGGCCGCCGACAUGACGAAGGCCGUGUUCUUCGACAAGCUGUGCAUCAUCGCGGGGCGGGGGCGGCCCGAGAGCGACCCCUGGGGCUUCCUUCUGCCCCUAACGCCCUCGGUGUGGCUGGCGCUCCUGCUGGCGAUGCUGCUCACAUGCGCGUCUUUCACGGCCCUGGGCGAGAGGAGCGCCGAGGGUACGGGCCUCCUGAGGGCGCUCGGAGUCUUCUUCAUGUACGUUCGCUCCCUCCUGCAGCAAGGUCUGCGGUGCGACGUGCGAGCCGCCCGCGCCCGUCUGGUGGUGGGCGGCUGGCUCCUGGCGGCGAUGCUGGUCACGUGGAGCUACAGCGGCAACCUGGCCUCCCUCCUGACGGUGCGGCACUUGGCUCAGCCGAUCCAGGAGCUGAGAGACAUCGUCGAGAGCGAGGACACGGUCGUUAUUAUGGAGCCCGACACAGCCUUCACGGAACUCUUUGCUCUGUGUUACCAGAUGCUUUUCAUCGCAGACUUAACCUUUAGAUUAGGUCAGUGUGACUUCUACAAAGCCAGGGAGGAGUUCUUACCAAUCGAUCUAGGGAUGUUUGUCCAGAAGGGAAUGCCCCUGAUUGGCGCCAUGAACAGCAGGAUGGUAGAAACGGGUCUAUAUAAUCGCUGGGUUUCUGAUGCCAUUGCAAACUCCACUGCAUGCACGUCUGCGCCUUCUGUUAUCACGGUACAAGAACCCUUAAAUGUCAACAGUGUGUGGUGCAUAAAGUGCACCUGGUUCACUGUUGAUUAUGAUAAAGAUAAUUAA